CGAAUGGGGAUCGUAAAGCUCGCAACCGACGGUAGCGUCUGGGUGCACUCGCCGAUCGAGUUGGACGAGCGCACGAGAGCGGUCGUCGACGCUCUGGGCGUCGUUCGACACGUGGUGUCGCCGAACUACGAGCACCUUAAAUACGCACAACAGUGGAAAGAUGCGUACCCGGGCGCGACGUUAUACGCCUGUCCCGGAUUGAAGAGUAAA